CAAAAAACCAUCAAACCCUUCUAAGCCUGACCCAUCAUCAUCUUCCCAAACCACCCAACCCCAAGCGUCAUAAUCUCAGGCAAAAAACUCCAUGACCAUAGCCUUCAGCACCACCAAAUCAGCCAUUAAUUCCCUUUUCCCAAACGCCAGAUCUGCUGAAAUCAAACAAAGAUAUGGUUCUGAACCUAAGCCAGAACAAUCGAAAGUUUGAAGCUUUUGAGAGUAGAUCGAGCCAACCAAGUGAAGGACGAAGGGAAGUGCUUGAGCUUGAUCAGGGCAUGAAUUAAUGGCUUAGGUUUUGAGAUCCCCAUCUUAGUUUGAACACGAUUUCUCCUUCGCGUGCGGUUGUUGGUGCGAUUUCAGAGGAAGAAAGGGAAGAGCAACAACAUUCAGAUAUGCAAUGGUGAUGGUGGCAUCACCAUUGCAGAUCUGAAUGUUGGCAUGAAUAAUGUCGAUUCAUUGCUGAAGGGCCCAAUAUCUGAACAUAUAGACCUCGUGCUUAGUUACUCUAGUUUGUUGUAUGGCUAGGAAAAGAGCAGGAUUUAAUAAACGUGAAGAUGAUUUCCCAUCUUUGAGAGAAUACAAUGAUUACUUGGAGCAAGUAGAGGACAUGACGUUUAACUUGAUUGAAGGAGUUGAUGUCGCUGCUAUUGAAGCAAAGAUUGCUAAAUACCAGGAAGAAAAUUCAGAACAAAUAAUGGUUAAUCGAGCCCGUAAGGCUGAAGAAUUAGCUGCAGCUUUGGCAGCAAGUAAGGGACAAGCUGCCCAAACUGCUAAUGAUGUGACUUUGGUGCUGUUCCUCAGGGACAAUAUGCACCUACAUUUGCAGGACAGCCUAGACCAACCGGCAUGGCUCCACAGCCUUUACCACUCGGAGGGAGUGUCAUGCCGGGCUAUGCAGGUGAUGACGAUGAAACGAUGAGGCUACGAGCGGAGAGAGGAGCAAGGGCUGGAGGAUGGAGUCUAGAAAUAAGCAGGAAGAGGGCACUUGAAGAAGCUUUUGGAAGCAUGUGGGUUUGUUGAAGGCAUAUUGCCUAUUUAAGAUGUUAAGAUAAUUUCAAAACUCUGUAGGCCAUGGAAAUUCCAUUGUAUCACACCAGCUAUUCACAUGGUUAUUCUGAUGUAAAUGGGGUAUAAUGUAAGAUUUGUUACAUUUUUGUUUGGUCAUCCAUAUUAAAUUUCAUAACGGGAUGUUUUAGCUCA